AUGGCUCUUUUUCUUCAACAUAAUUCAUUGUAUAUCAGUACUCUUGUAACCUUGUUUUCUAUUCUACUAAACCUAAACCCUAGUUGUUGCUUCAACCCAAAACUCUUUAACGUCUCAAAGCUUCAGUCUGACUCUGACUGGUCACCGGCCGGUGCAACUUGGUAUGGACCCGCUGACGGUGCUGGGACUGAUGGGGGUGCUUGUGGUUAUCUGGAUACUGUAGAAAACCCUCCAUUCUCUAAAUUGGUGUCCGCUGGAGGCCCUUCUUUAUUCAAAUCAGGAAAAGGAUGUGGAGCUUGUUAUCAGGUGAAGUGCACGGGGAAUUCUGCAUGCUCAGGCAAUCCGGCAACUGUGAUUCUAACUGAUGAGUGCCCAGGAUGUACUUCAGAAUCUGUUCAUUUUGAUAUGAGUGGCACUGCCUUCGGUGCCAUGGCGAUUUCUGGUCAAGAGGGUCAAUUGCGGAAUGCUGGAGUCUUGCAGAUUCAAUACAAAAGAGUGAACUGCAGUUAUCCUGGUGUGACAAUAACCUUCCGCGUCGACUCGGGUUCAGACCCUUACUAUUUUGCAACUCUAAUAGAAUAUGAAGAUGGAGCAAGCGACCUAAUGGAAGUUCACCUCAAACAAAAUGAUGACUCGGACUCGUGGCUCUCCAUGCAGGAAUCGUGGGGUGCAGUUUGGAAACUAAACUCAGGCUCAGCAUUGCAAGCCCCAUUAUCAAUUAGGCUGACUGCAAGCAACGGCCAGUCCCUUGUAGCAAACAAUGUUAUUCCGACUGGUUGGCAACCAGGCCAGACUUACCGGUCGGUUGUCAACUUUGAAGUCUAAUAAAC